UGCGUUUGGUGAACUAGUGCUGCUCUCAAAUGUCCAGAAAACUCGCAUUAUUUAAUUUUCUAUAAAAAUAGAAGAAAGAAUAAUUAGUUGGUAGUGACUCUAAAAAAAUAAGUUUUAUAUAUUGUGUUUAGUUCAGGUGGUUUUGCGUUCCUCCAGAGCGGAAGGAUAUUACUGUCGUUGUAACGUGCGAUCUCGUAGCUUAUGUACUAUCCUCAAGCAUAGAAGUCGCUGAAGCCAUGGACAGCAGACCACCACUUGCAGCCCUGUCUCCCUCCCUGCAUAACACUGAUGCUGGAAAUGUGGAUUUCUCCAAACUAACUCCUUCACAGUUUGGCAUAUCAACAGACAGUUUCUUACCUUCCUCCAAGAUUAAAGAUAAGUCCAGAGUAGCUCAAUUAAAGGCAAGAAGGAGAUCCUCGAUUGGAGUCCAGAGAUCACCAGAAACAAACUCUCUCAUCUGCUUCAGAGCCAAACAAGCAACAAAAACUCCACCACGAACACCACAGGGAAGUCCAUUUCUUUCACGCUGUGACUCUCUUAAGAAGAAGAUGGCUGCUUUCCAGUGUCUGAUGGAAGAGGAAGGACCGGACGAGCCAAGGAAAAACGGGGAGAAUGAGAAUGUUGAAAGCACUUUAGCUGAAGAUUCUCUGAACGGAAAGGAGAAUAAAUUCACCAUGCAAAUCCCACCCUCUUCAAUGACGCCUCCACCCUCAAAAAAACGCUGUAGGGCCCCACCGGUGGGAUGUGAGGACAAGAUUACUGACUCGUCACUCCCCCACUCCACCCUCACAACGCAACCGAAGCAAGCGGUGAGAUGCUCUGAGUCUAAAAGCCUGGUUUCAGUUUCAAAGAAUGACCUUCUGUCUUUACCCAUGUUGUCUAAACCGGAAAUUAAGCCAACAGAUGAAAACGUGGUCUCCUCAAUAUGUAAGAAGCGUGUUCGUUUUGGUGCACCACUUUCCCCAGAGUUCUUUGACAAAACCCUCCCUCCCAGCACCCCAUUGCAAAAAGGAGCCACCCCAAUGUGUCCACCAUCAUCUACAGGACUGAAGCGUUCUCUGCUAAAGACCCCUCAAAGAUCUGAGCCCCCUCUUCCCCAACCUGACUUCAACAGUUACCAGAGCAAUGGAGCCUCCCCUGUCCUAGUUAUUGACAGAUGUAGCACUGGACUUGUGUACAAUGAUGAUGUGUUUGAAGAGAUUGAAAAGAUCAGCUUUCCCAAUUUGGAUGAAGAGUCUCCUCCAAACAGACCUUCAAAGAGCUUCAAAGAUACACUCUGUGCUGAGGACUCAGGGCAAUUCCAGGCUGAAGACACUGAAGUUUUGAACGCUGCAUUUCAAGAGGAUGAGGAUGUACCAUCAGAUACACUGAGGGCGGAAAUACUGCCAUCCCGCUUUUGUGAUCAGCCACUGGCUCUCUCCACAACAGAUGCUGAUCUGAAGUCGGAGUCUGCCACCAACACUAAACCAACUCGCUCUCACACUAGGAAAAGAAAGCAACCAGGAGACAGUGAGCUGGAGAAAAGGAGAAGCUCUCGUACAGCAGCCACAUCUGCUUCAGGAAAGAUGAAGAAGACAUCAGGGGUUAAAAGGCGAUUUGGCAAUAAGGACGUGGAUCGCUCUCUGUAUGGGAAAAGAGACUAUGCCUCUAAAAACCCUUUGCUCAGUCCCAUAGUUGAGACCGCGUCCAUCAGUCUCAACAGCAUGCCAAUACAGACCCAAUCAGGAAAACUAACAGAUGGAGAGCAAGACUUCAAUCAAAUGUGCACCGUUCCCCAUAGCAAGGCUGUUCAUACCAUGCUAAAUCUGGGGACUGUUGCUGUUGCCAAAUCAGAAGAUACCCUGGCCAAUGAAAACAAGCAGAGCACUCGGGUUCCUGCAUGUAGAAAUGACUCUGGUUCAAAGGCUCACAAAUCCAAAUGCAACUCUAGGAGACCUUCAUGCCAACGGCGUAGCUCGGGCACAAUCAAGUUAAAGGGACUGAGCAGCCCAGCCAUUGGCUCCACUACAGCAUUAGAAGGUGUAAUGGCCGAUCACAACAUGGAAAGCCAAGAGACAACUGAAGCUACCAGUUUGGACCCAAUAAACCAAGACAAUCCUGAUGGACCACCACUUCAUGAAGCUGAGCACUCUGAGAACAAGGAAGUUGAGACUUCCAACCAUGGUACCAACUGGAGACCAUACAACCACGGAACAGUCAGAGCAAAAGACGCCAAGGCAUAGACUCAUCCAAAAAACCCUUAAAAGUCCUUGUGUUAAGAUUGAUGUGGUAGAGGAAGUACACAUGAAUGUUCCAUCAGAGAUGAUUGAUCAAAUAGAGUUGUCAGAGAGUAAGACUGGACCCACAGAGCCCGGUUUGGCCCCCUGGCAGCAGAACGACUUCAACAUUGAUGACAUCUUAAAGCCUGUGGUGAAGAGUCGAGGUUCAGUGCGACGCAGCCUGAGGAACCGUAGGAGCAUUGACCUCAAGGCUAUUGGCCUGGCUUGGGUGAACCACACCUCUCCAGAGCUGAGUAAGGCAACUCGGCGGAGGACACGCAGCAGACUCAGUGGAGUAUCUUGAACCACCUGUUAUUCAGACCUCUGAGGAGCCAACGCCAAACCUGGGAGAACUGAAUUUGUCGGUCACCUGUUAAAAGGAUAGUUCACCCAAAAUGUUUUGUUGUGUCUUCAUUUACUCACCCACAUGUUGUUCCAAACCCAUAUAACUUUCUCGCAUGGAACACCAAAAAGGAACGUUUGGCAGAAUGGCCUGUCACCAUUCACUUUCAUUAUAUCACUUUUCCAACCAAUGAAAGUGAAUGUUGACUGAGUUUGUCCGUUCAUUCAUUGUCAGUUCACAACAUAUUUUGUGUUUCCAAAAAGAAAGUCAGUGGGUUUCGAACAACGUGAGGGUGAUGAAAUUAUGACUGAAUAUAGAUUUUUGAGUGAACAGUCUCUUUAAAUAACUUUUAAAAGUAACUUUGUUAAAAUGGACAAUGUUAAUCUUAUGAAUUGCUUUAAAAAAGAAAUACAUUUUUGUUUUAUUAUUAUUGUUUUAAUCUUGAUUGUUGAAA